AUGGCUGGGAGAAGUUGUGGAACACUAUUCAAGUUACUCUCCGACAAUGAUUGCUCUGUACCCAGUGAAUACCGCAAUUUGCAAUCACAAUUUUCCUCAAUUACAUCAAGGUUAGAUGCUACUUCUGUUUCAGUAACUUCUGAAGGUGCUACUUCAACAGGCCGUGAAGUUGCAUUUCGACAUGUGGAAGGUGUUGGAAAGCGAUCAAAACUUUUUGCGUACAUGUUAGGAAACAUAAAUGCUUAUAUUAAAGUACCUAUAGUUGCCAACUAUAUCAAACGUAAUGUAAUGCCGGAUACUGAAGUCUAUGAAUAUAACAUCAAAUUCACUCCAAAUAUUGAAGUAAAUAGCUUGAAAAAGACGACAGUAACAGCAACAGCAGCAGUAACAGCGACAGUAACAGCGACAACAACAGCGAUAAAGACAUCGACAACAACGAUAGCAAUGACAACAAUAACAACAACAACAACAAUGAAAACGACAAACGUAUAUAUGGAAACAUGCAUAAUUCUGCUCAAAGUGAAUCCUUACGAGCGUCUAGUUGAAGUAUGGAACAUUCGAAUAACGCUCCAUAGCACCGGAUUUUUCUUGAUUCGAAUGCAGCAGAAUGACAAAAUGGUUGGCCGUCCAAUUUUUGUGUUUAUAUUUCAGGAAAAUCUUGGUGGUAAUUCAAAGACUGUUAUGUUAGCUACUAUAUCACCUGCUAGCAUACACAUUGAUGAAACACUAGCCACACUACGUUAUGCUUGUCAGGCACGUACUAUUGUAAAUCGUGUAAAAAUUAACGAAUCUGCGCAAGAUAAGACUAUACGGUCACUAUUAUCUGAAGUAGAGGUCUUAAAAGCCCGCCUACAUGAUUGUGAACGUAAAAAACGUUUUUCGGGAUUGGGUAAUCCACAACCACGUAAAAUCAUUAUUGAAACUUCAGUUGACGAAAGUGAAGUGGAAGCUUUGCGUCAACAGUUGGCAGAACGUGAACGAGAAAUUGAGCGUCAAAAGAAAACGUGGGCUGAGCGUCUUGAAGAAGCAGAAAAUUUAAGAAAGACCGAAUUACGUCUCUUGAAGCGUAGAGGUUUAGCUUUGGAGUUGUCUGGUGAACAUAAAACAUGUUUAGUGAAUUUAAUUGCUGAUCCCAUAUUGAGUGGUACUUUAUUUUACUUACUACCUCCCGGUAAAGUUAAAAUAGGUCGCACACGUACCUCACUAUAUUGCACACAACCUGACAUUGUGCUCGAUGGACCACUAGUUGGUUAUCACCAUUGCAUAAUUGAAAAUGAUAAUAACAAACUCUUUGUUAUACCGGAAAAUAAUGACUUUGAAACUUAUUUAAAUGGGGAGUUGGUACAGGAACGCAUGCAGAUGUUUCAUGGAGAUCGCUUGGUUAUUGGCGGUACACAUUACUUUCGAGUAUCGAAUCUAUUUUGUCCAAAUCGAAAAAAUAACGCGCCCAUUGUGGAUUAUCAAUUGGCACAGCAAGAAAUUUUGCAUACGCAGGAAGAAAAGCUUCGACGCGAAUUGGAAGAAGAGAAACGUGCAGCUCUUUCACGCAUUGAAAGCGAACGUGUAGAAAACGAGCGCAAUUAUAAGGAGCGUAUGCAGGAGUUGGAGUUCGAACAAUAUCGUUAUAAAUGCAAUCGCGAUAUUUUGGAAACUGAACGUAAAGUUUUUGAAGAAGAACAACGUGCUGAACUGUCAGAUUUAAUGACUUACACACCUACUUUCAAAUCGAACCUUUUAGAGAACAUUAAUUCUAUUAUGCAAACUCCAAGUGAAGAGAGUUUACAUAAAAUCCAAUUAAUGGUAAGAGAGGCGACAGAACGUUGUCGAAGUCUGCGAAUGGAUAUAAAAUUUCGGCACACUCAAGUACUGGAUAAAAAUGGUGUAUUUCACACAGUUGUGUCUAUUAUCGAUAAAGGAAAUGAACGUAAAGCAGAGUGGCCAACAGCCCGCCUUGCUUAUUGGCUAGAAAAAUUAAGAAAUUCCGAUAAUAUAAGUAUCAAAAAUGCGUUUAAAGGCGUGGCAAUUGAAUGGGAAGAUCUUCCAAAUGAAGAGCUGAAUGAUACACUCAAUGAAUCGCUUAACUCUAGUCGUAUUUCAUUAAAUUUAAGUAUUGUCAAAGAUGCCAAUUUUAAACCUAUGUCACCUUUAUCCAUGUUAACUGCAAAAUUGAAUACUUCCACUCCUGGUGCCAGUUCAACGUCAAGCGGCAAAGAUACAUAUAGAACUUCUAAAUAUAAUCACGAAUCACAUUUACACAAAUCAGCAAUGCUUAAUUUACUGAAACAUCAAAUGCAUACCAAAAAAAUGUUAACAUAUGAAGAUGAAAGUUUAUCUGAAACUAUGAACUCUGUGAAUAAUCUUUCAGCUUCUAGUAAUAACAGUCCCAAACAAAAUAUGUUUGAGAAUUUUGAUACAAUUGCAGUAGGUUAUGUACGUGAUAUGCAACGUUCUGCAUUACGGUUAAAGAAACUUUGCGAAAAACAACAACAACAGGAAAAUAAACACCCAUGCAAGAACAGUAAAAAUAAUGAUUCGGAAAAAAUGGUACGUGAAUCUGUGGAACGUCUCGAUAAUAUAUUGCAAGGCAUGCGCUCUUAUUUGGAGCAGGAAAUAUUUACCGACACUGGCAGUGAUGUUUCACCAUCGAAAACUCCUAAAUCCGUACGAUUCCUGAUAGAUUAAGUUAGUUUUAUAUAAUGUAGUACUUUUGUUUUAUAUUUUGCUAUAUUUUUGUUUUUGCAUCA